GGGGCCGCGGGCUGGAGCCUCGCCGGUCAGAUUGAAACGCGGCGCUAUGGAAACCUGCGGGCCAAUGGCGGAGCGCGGAGCUGUUUACCGGGGGCGUCCCGUUUCCACGGUGACGGCAGGACGCUCCGUCAACAGGUAUUAAAGUUGCGUCCAGGGGCCCGGAGCCCGGAGCCGCCGACAGACAGAGAGGAACGGAAAGGAGCGCCUGGCGCAGAGCGACGCGGACUGACGCAGACUGCGGGCGUUAAGGGCUGAAGCUGCGCGCUUUGGAGCUGAUUACAGUGGCAGGGCAGGAGCACCGGGGAGUGACGGGGAGCCAUGCUGUCUCUGAGCCCACUGGGCCAGGAGGAGGAGGAGGAGGAGGUGGCGGCCGCAGCGCAGGCCGCGGAGCGGGACUCCGCGUCCUGCAGCUUGGGCGGCCUGGACGACAGCCUGACCAGCCUGCAGUGGCUGCAGGAGUUCUCCAUCCUGAGCGCGCAGGGGCCGCAGCACGUCCACCAGCAGCCGCAGCUGCUCGGCCAGCAGCUGGGGACCGACGGCCCGGCCUCCCCUCUGGCAGGGGACCCCGCCUCCUCCACCGGGACGCCCCUGACCCCCGGGAAGCCCACCGCGGCGGCCUACAGCAGGAUGCAGAGCCUGCCCGGCAUCGUGGCGCACGGCCACUGCCCGGACGAGGUGGACUACCGGACCAACGCGCUCAUCAAGCCGCCAUACUCGUACGCCACGCUGAUCUGCAUGGCCAUGCAGGCCAGCAAGAAGAGCAAGAUCACGCUGUCCUGCAUCUACCAGUGGAUCACCGACAACUUCUGCUACUACCGGCACGCCGACCCCACCUGGCAGAACUCCAUCCGCCACAACCUGUCGCUCAACAAGUGCUUCAUCAAGGUGCCGCGCAGCAAGGACGAGCCGGGCAAGGGCGGGUUCUGGAAGAUCGACCCGCAGUACGCCGAGCGCCUCCUCAGCGGGGCCUACAAGAAGAGGCGCAUGCCCCCCGUCCGGAUCAACCCGGCCCUGCAGAACCGGCUCAGAGUCCAGCUGCCGGCGUCGUCUGCAGGGAGCCCCGCUGGCCUGAACGUGUCCCCGGAGUCCCAGCGGCUCCUCAGAGAGUUUGAGGAGGCGACAGAGGACCCAGAGAACAGGGACCCCCACCUGUGUGAGGGCACCAUGCUGGGCUCCUGGCCCGCGGUCAGGGAGAGGAGCGGCUGCAAGAGGAAACCGGCGCUGGGGUCCAGGAACAGCAUCUCCAAGGCCCCCCGGCGGUCCAGCUCCCCCCUGUUCUGCGUGGACGAACAGAGGGAGGCCGGGCCCCUGAAAGGGCCCUUCGACUGGGACGCCCUGCUGGACUCGGCCCUCAGAGGGGAGCUCAGUUUGGACGGAGGGGACCCGCUGAGCCCCAUUGUGAAAGAGGUGGACCUGCUGGGUGGGGGGACUCACAUCCCGGCGGCUCCUUACCAGAGGAGCGGCGAGGUUUCAGACCUCGACGAGGAGACCUUCCUGGCCACGGCCUUCCUAGAGGCCCCCUGGCCGGUGGACGAGGACCCCGGCCAGGGGGGGGACUUCCUGGUCAGCUCCACCGCCAACCUGGACCAGCUGUUCGACCUCGGAGAUGCGCUGAGCGUGGACGCUGGCUGCCGGAUGGAGCCCAUCCUUUAAGGAGCAAUUCAGGUUCUGUUGGAGAGCAACGCCUCAAACGCUGCAGGGAAAAGGCGAUUUUACUCUCCUGCAGCUUUAUUUUAUAUUCAGGACGCAUGUUUGAUGGAGAUCAUCUCUCUAUG